AUGGUGAACAUUACAGAAAAGAUCAAGGAGAUUGAGGAUGAGAUGCGCCGGACGCAGAAGAAUAAGGCGACAGAAUAUCACCUGGGUCUAUUGAAAGGAAAGCUCGCUCGUCUACGAGCCCAACUUCUCGAGCCAGUAGGUGGUGCUGGCUCUGGUGGUGGUGCUGGUUUCGACGUCAGUAAGAGUGGUGAUGCCCGUGUAGCACUGGUCGGAUUUCCAUCCGUCGGAAAGUCGACUUUCUUGUCCAAGAUCACCAAAACUAAGAGUGAGGCUGCAGCCUACUCUUUCACUACCUUGACCGCCAUUCCCGGUGUCCUGGAGUAUGGAGGCGCUGAAAUUCAGAUCCUGGAUUUGCCAGGUAUCAUUGAGGGUGCCUCCGAGGGCAAGGGUCGUGGUCGUCAGGUUAUCUCGGCUGCGAAGACGAGUGAUUUGAUUCUUAUGAUUCUGGAUGCGACUAAGAAGGCAGAGCAGCGGGCCUUGCUGGAGGCGGAGUUGGAUGCUGUGGGCAUUCGAUUGAAUAAGGAGCCCCCAAAUAUCUAUCUGAAGAUGAAGAAGGCUGGCGGUGUGAAGAUUACAUUCCAAACACCACCGAAAAGCCUGGACGAGAAGAUGAUCUACAAUGUUUUGCGUGACUACAAGAUUCUCAAUGCCGAGGUGCUGGUGCGAGAUGAGGAUGCCACAAUUGACGACUUCAUCGAUGUCAUCAUGAAGGACCAUCGCAAGUACAUUCGCUGCCUCUAUGUCUACAACAAGAUCGACAGCGUCAGUCUUGAAUUCCUGGACCAGCUUGCCCGUGAGCCCUACACAGCCGUGAUGAGUUGUGAGCUCGACCUAGGAGUGCAAGAGGUUGUUGAGCGCAUCUGGAAGGAAUUGCGGUUGAUGCGGCUAUACACCAAGCGAAAGGGAGAGGACCCCAGUUUCGAGGAAGCGCUUAUCGUACGACAGGAGUCGACUAUCGAAGACGUGUGCGAUCAGAUUCACCGCACUCUCAAGGAUACGUUCAAAUAUGCCUUGGUAUGGGGUGCUAGUGCGAGGCACGUGCCACAACGCGUGGGCUUGUCGCAUCCGGUAGCGGACGAGGAUGUGGUUUCUAUUGUGGCUAAAUAG